UGAUGGGUUUUGCUCUUUUUUUGUAUUAUUGGAAUUAUAUUGUUGGAUAUUGGGAUAUGAGAUCAUAGUUCAUGAUUCCUUAUGUUAAAACUUCAUGGCGAUGAACGCCUUGAAGGAAGAUUUUUUGGAGAUACAGAUCGGCACCUCCGCCGACUCGUUAGCGAAGUCAUUGGACUCGCAGAGAGAGCUAUUCCAUAGCCAGGUCGAUCAGCUUCAAAGAAUCGUUGUCACUCAAUGCAAACUCACUGGCGCAAAUCCACUAUCCCAAGAAAUGUGCACAGGUUUUCAUUGAGGUUUAUCUUACCACCACUAUGGUACUAUGCUACAUUCUUUAUUCUGAAAAUGGUUACCUUAAAAGAUGCUAGGAAAGACCUAGACUUGCAACAUCAGUCAUUACAGUAAGUUAACAACACAGACCAAAAUAGUUACCGCUGUUUAGUUGGUUGAUUUGUCUAUGAUAUUUUGUUUCAAUAUAUUGGUAUUGGUUCAUGUGCUAUUCGAGUAAAAGAGGGAAAGUUUCUCUAUUGUGUAUCUUCCUGUUAAAGAUCAUGUAUACAUAUAUAAUAGUUUUGUAUCAAGAAGAUAUAUUAAAUUUAUAAAAUGGUUUGGUAUGGCCUGCGAUUCUCUGUUUGAUCUUCUCCAUAAGGCUAUUGUAAAUUGAUUCUUUCUCAGACAUAAUCAACUUCCUACUAUUGCAAUAGUGAGAUCAUAUGACACAUUUGGGGCGUCUCCGGUAUGUAACUAUAUGAGAUUUGAUUUGUCUAAAGUUUCUUUUUUCGAUUUUUAUUUAUGUUUUUUUAGGGAUCAAGGAUUCAUUAGAUUGUCGUGUACAAUUGCUGUUUUGUUUUGAAGAAAACGAGCUGAGAGUGAUUCUACUGUUCCUGAUGCUCCGAUUCAAGCUGAAAAAUUUGCUCAAAGGUAUUCUGAACUACUUGAGGAUUUCAAGAAAGAUCCUGAAAGUCAUGGGGGGCCUCCUGAUUGUAUCGAUUUGGAUUUUUCCUCCAUCUUCUUUGUCCCUGGCUGAAAAAGGCUUGCGUGAAUUAUCUGGUGUCAAUGUUGAGUUGAAAAACUUAGAUCCCUUAGUACAUCGUGCCAUUGCUGCCACUUCUGUUGUUCCAGAUCUCAGAGGUAUUCUGAACUACUUGAGGAUUUCAAGAAAGAUCCUGAAAGUCAUGGGGGGCCUCCUGAUUGUAUCGUUAAUCAUACCUAAUAUCUCUGCUGGCUCAUCUCUUCUUCUCCUCUCUCCAUAGAUUUGCUCUCAGGUCUCAAUUCCAUCUCACUGUAAUGCAAUUUUUAAUAAUCUCACUUUCAUAUUUAUAAUGUUUAGAUUUAAUUAACUAACACUAAAACUCUCUUUCUUUAUCAUCGUCUUCUCCUCUCCUUUCUCAAUCAAGGUCAAUCCUGAAGCCUCCACUCCAAUUUACUCGCUCCGUGGCCUCGACAACUUCAAGUUCUUCUCGUUGUCUUUCUACUGGUACUGGAUGCUGAGGAUGACUGCACAGAGGCCUUGAAUAUGGAUGACUACACAGAGGCCUUGAAUAUGGAUGAUCGUUAUAUCUUCUUCUGGAAAUGUUGCUUGCUCUGUAUUGUGACUUGAAAUUAGUAUUUGUUUUUUCUUCCUUUGAAAAGAUAGAAAAAUAUAUGGUCAUUCGCAUGUAGAGGUUUAUUUGAUGUUCGCGUGUAUUUUUCUUUUUUUCACUGACUAGGUUUUUCUUAUGUAAUGAUUAAUGAUUAGUAAGUUAAUCACAUGACAUCACUGUAGUUACUGUGCUUAUAUUUGUUCUAUUAAUUUAGUAUAGAUUUUUUAAUUUUGGAGGUUUUAUUGGGGGGAAAGAAACAUUAACUUUUUCUUUUGGCUCAUGCUUGUUAUGUCUCACAAUAUGUCUGCUCCAAAUGUUUAUUGCUUUUUCCAAUAUAUAUAUGCAGCCUGUCACAAGUACUAUUUAGAAGACAGAAGUGUCUGGGGCUCAAGACUACAUCAAAGUUUCAACGAUUUAGUUUUUUUUUUUUUAUUCAAGCGUUUAUAUAUUACAUCAUGUUUUACCUGGGACUCGAACCCAGGACCUCCAACACUCACACACCCACCUAUGGCCACUUGAGCUAGCCCCAAGUGGUUACUCAACGAUUUAGUUUUCUAGCAUACUAAUAAACCUGCAUACUAAUGUUUGUCUUAUCUACUAAAUUCUGCUAGGCUUGCAAUGCUCUUGUAAGAUAUAAAACUCUAACUAAUAGUAACUGUUUAUAUUCUAAUGUGUGCAUUGCAUUUCCAUCAAUAUAUCUUAAAUUGUUUUCCAUUAAUUGGACCAUAAAAUCAAUCAAUCAAUCGUUGAACUUCUUGCAUAUUCAUACUAACCGUUACAUAUUCUGUAUAAAUUAUUAGUGCAAGGACAUAUGUACAACUCGACGAUGGUACAGAGUUGCUAGAUGCUGUGAUGUUCGGUGAUGUUGCAGAAAACAUAUUCUCAUGUACUGCAGUUCAAUUAAGAUCAUAUUCGGACGAGAAACAUAAGUUGUUUGUCCAAAAAACUACAAGGCAACUAUCAGCCAAAAAAUGGAGAAUUCAGUUGUACGUAGAUGCAAACCGAACAAUGAGUUCAAAGUACAAUCAGUUCACCAUUCAAGCAGUUGAACCAAUGGAAGAUUAGGCAGAAGUUGCCAUUUUUCUUUUACAGUAAUUUUAUUUUAUUUAGUGUUAAGACUUUUCUUGGUGCCGAGCUUCUUUCACUUUCUAUUGACUUGUUAUCUACGGAUUUACAUGGAGUAUUGUAUGCAAGUAUUUCAUA